AUGGACUCAAGGAAUUAUUCAUCAUUCAUUGAUCUCGUACGGGGGAAUAUUAAUCUUGAGGAUGAAAUUUUCGAUGUAUCUGAAAGUAGUCCCCUGUUAGUCGAAGAUUCUCCAGUGAAUGAUGAAGCUGCCACUUCUAAGAAAAAACAAGCACGUGGUGUCAACUUCAGUGUUGAGGAAGAUAAGCUGCUUGUAGCAGCAUGGCUCAAUACCAGUGUUGAUCCUGUGUAUGGUAAUGAGCAACAUAAAACAUUUUAUGGUAAAGUUUCCAAAUACUUUAUGGACCAAAAGACUGAUUCUACACGUAGUGUUGCAUCCCUAACAACCCGAUGGGGAACAAUUAAUAGGGAAGCAGUUAAAUUUGUUAGGUCCUUAGCUAAAAUUGAAGCAAAGAAUGAAAGUGGAACCACGGCUCAUGACAAGGAUUAUCCAAAGUGGGCAUCUACUAUGCCUAGGGGAUAUUCAAGAAAAGAAAUGCCUCAAACUCCAGAUUUAAUAGAUCAAGGAGUGGGGGUUGAUGGCAUUAUGGAUUUCGAGAGGCCAAUAGGUAGAAAAGCUGAAAAGGCUAAUCGAAAAAGAAAAGAUGAUGGGAAAGAUAUUGCAACGCAAUAUUUGAAAAAGAAAAUGAAAGUUCUUGAAGAAGGUUGUGUAGCCAAAAAAGAGAGAAUACGUAUCAAAGCGGAAAAGGUUCGCUUGCAAGAGUUGAAAGAGAAUGAAAGAAUUAUGAUGCUAGACACAAGUGGCAUGAAUGAAGACCAAAAAGCUUUUUAUGAUGGACUCAAAAAGGAAAUCCUUGCAAAACAAAGAUCAAGUCAUUUGUUGGGUUAA